ACAUAAAUCGGUAAGGCGAAGUAUAGUUUAUUUAAUUGGGUAUACUACAAAUUCCGCUAAUAUAUAGAAUUGCUUUGUGAUUAGAGAGUUGGUAUAUUUGGAUAUUUCGUGCAAAAAGCGUGUCCCCUCCCCAAAACUUGUGUUUCAGUACAACAGAGCUAGGGUUCAUCAUCUCCAUUUAUCAGUUGCUAGUGCUGCUGUUUUCUCUCUAUUUUCGCUGAUCAACAUGGCUCGACGUAGAGGUAAAUCUACGAAACAGCAACAGACCAAGGCUUGUAAUAUUAUCAUAUUUGGAUUUUUUAUUGCCUGUCUUGUUGGAAUUGUUACGAACUUUAAGGUAGCCAAGUCUAAGACUGAAUUAGAACCUGAAUCUGAAGAAAAGUUGGAUGAAGAAAUAUUAAGAAUGUUGCGUGCAAUUCCAAACAAAACAGAGUCGAUUCCAACUCAAAAUUGUCACUUCGCAUCGUCGGAAGGAAGAAGGUCUUACCAGGAGGAUAGAGUAACAUGUGACCUUAAUCUUAAGAUUCCUUUGUUUGGGGCCAACGGCCUUGAAGAGGUGAGGGUUGGGGCGGUAGCAGUCUUUGAUGGCCAUAUUGGAUCGGCUGCUAGUGAGAUGGCCUCAAAUAUCUUUUUACAUAAGUUUCUGCUUAAGCUCAAUAAUAGUAUUGAGCAAUCUUCUAAUUUGAAGGAGUUACUAAAAUCUUCAUUAGUAACAACCAUUAAUGAUAUUGAUGCAGAAUUCUCCGAGGCUGCUUUCAAAUUUCAUUUUUAUGCGGGAUCUACUGCAGUUGUUGCCCUCAUAUAUGACAAUCAUGUUUUAGUUGCAAAUGUUGGCGAUUCAAAGGCUUUUCUUUGCUCUCAGAAAAAAAUAUCACAAGAAGCCGGUACUGUUGGUCUUCUCGCCGAGGAGUUGACGAGAGAUCAUAAUGCACAUAGGUUGGACGAGAGGGCUAGGAUUGAAGCUUCUGGAGGUGUAUUCAAAUUCGUCCAUAAUUUUGUCCCUCUCCUCAUGGGCCACUUUCCCAUGACUCGAGCUAUUGGUGAUGUUCCUUUGAAAAGAUAUGGCAUCAUAGCUAAUCCAGAGAUGACUGAUUGGCGAUCUUUAACCUCAAAGGAUGAGUUUUUAGUGGUGGCAUCUGAUGGAAUAUUUGAAAGCUUAGCUCCCCAGGAAGUCUGUGAUUUUCUAAAUGUAAAGGACCAUUCAGAUCCAUCAUUAUUGGCUGAACAACUCAUUCAGAAAGCAUAUUUAGAAGGCAGCUACGAUAAUUUAUCAGUUGUUUUGGUUCCUUUGGGGUCAUGGGGGGACCUCCUGUAGAUGAUUUAUCAGCUGUUUCUGGUUCCCCUGGGAUAUGUAGAGGUUGUAGAAAAAGUAUCUUACAACUCGGGCUGGAAAUGUUGUCAGCAAGAUGCACUUAACCAUCAUCCUAUGGGGCACAUGACGAAACAGGACCCCUUCAAUACCUUUUUAUAGACAUUUUUUAUAAUAACCUAACAUGACAAUAGUUUCAAAACAGAGCAAGAUCCUUUUUCACUUCUGGUAUUUAAGUGAAAAAGGAUUGUGGGACGGGUCAUCGCGCACCGUGUUCUGAACCGUGUACUACUGACCUUUGAGAAUUACUCGGUCAUAUAAAAAAGGCUUGAGAUUAUGCCAUGCGCAUAUCACUAUGAAAUACAAUAUGGACGGUGAUUAGUUAAAAUUGAAAGGUAAUUGGUAGGUUUAUCCCGCUUAAUCAUGAUUUAUAAUUGACAAUGGGUUUCAACCCUCAAAAAGAUAAAGAAAUGGAUGUAGUUCAUAUAUGACUUCUCUUCAUUUGAAAAUUCAUAUUGUUAAAAGAAGGUUAUUUUGCCACCAUCUUUCAAAAGGUUAGAUUAAAAUCAACCCAUAAACAGAACAUAAACAGGCAGCAGUAGCAGUUUAAAUCUUAACAAACAUCAUAUGCAAGCACAACCUGAGACUUCUAUGUAUUCAGAACAUAAACAAGGCAGCAGCAGCAUCUUAAGUGUACAACCUUGCAAGUUAAGUCAUAACCAAGCUUAGACUGAAGCUGUUGAACAAUGGUGAUUAAAGAUGGGUUAGGGUUAGGGUUUGGUUCACGGAAUAGAGAUUCCAAAGCUCCAGCUAUGUCCUCAUCGGACACCAUUGUUAGUAUUAUGUUCAGUUGAUAACUGUCACUGUUUCUUCCUCUCUCUAACUGAAUUUAACGGUCUUUCUUUCUC